UGUCAGGAGCUAACUGCGCCCUUUCAUCCAAAAGUUCUAAUGAGAAAGCAAAUGAAUGGAAUCGACGGUACGAAUUGAGAACGGAUUGUUAUAACAGUGCCAACGGUAACGGUGAAUGUUUUUGGACCUUCACAUACAGUCGACGAAUAAAUAUAUGUUUUUUUUUUUACAGCCAACCAUUAAUCUGCAAUUACCUACAUCUGCAACAUGGCUGCUAGGAGGACGCUAGUGGGAAAAGUUUAUUAAGAGUACUGACGUGGGAGAAGUUUUAUACUAAUCCAGUCCAGUGCAGCAGACAUUGUUGGAUAAACAACAUUUUUUUCCUAUCGCCUCGGAUUGAACAAACGAACGGAACACUGGAUUACCGAGUAAAUGCAGAGGAGUGCAAGACCACUUUCUCAAUAGACUUUACCUUCUAGAUUUGUGGUGCCCUUUUCAUCCAAAAUAGUGGUCCUCUCGUCCUGUGGUCCAUCUAAAAUGCAUUUCUCCAUUCCGGAAACGGAGGUUCGUUCGGGAGAAAAUGGAUCAACAUACGUGGCCUUCAACAUCCAUGUGAAUAGUGUUCUGCACUGUCGGGUACGCUAUAGACAGCUGCUCGGCCUACACCAACAGAUAAAGAAAGAGUACGGGAACAGCGUGGUGCCUGCUUUCCCGCCAAAGAAGAUAUUCACGCUGACGCCGGCCGAGGUGGAGCAGAGACGAGAACAGCUGGAGAAAUACAUGCAAGCUGUGCGACAGGACCCCAUGCUCGGAGCCAGUGAGAUGUUCAACAGCUUUCUAAGGAAAGCCCAGCAGGAGACCCAGCAGAUUCCAACAGAAGAGGUACCUCUGGAGAUCUACCUGUCUAAGAGGCAGAAGGUCACGGUCAACAUCCUGACCUCUGACCAGACAGAAGACGUCCUCGAGGCUGUUGCGUCAAAGCUGGACCUUCCAGACGACCUUGCUGGUUACUUCAGUCUCUUCCUGGUUCGGGAAGGAGUGGACGGGGGCUUAACGUUUGUGAGGAAGCUGCAGGAUUUUGAGCUGCCAUACGUAUCAGUCACCAGCUUACGGAGCUCAGAGUUCCACAUCGCCCUUCGUAAAAGUUACUGGGACACGGCGUAUGACAGUGAUGUAAUGGACAACAGAGUGGGACUAAACCUACUGUAUACUCAGACGGUGUCUGACAUAGAGAGAGGCUGGAUACUCGUUAACAAGGACCAACACAGACAGCUCAAAUCACUGCAGGAGAAGGGCUCCAAGAAAGAGUUCAUUAGGCUAGGCCAGACGCUGAAGUACUUUGGCUACAUCCAGUUUGACCCGUGCGUGACAGACUUCCCGGAGAAGGGUUGUCACGCGAUCGUCUCCGCUGGCAACAACGAACUCAACUUCCAGGUCAAGCUACCCAAUGAACAGAUGAAAGAGGGGAGCUUCAAGGUCACGCGCAUGAGGUGCUGGAGGGUCACUUCUUCUCAGGUCCCGGUAGCCAACGGAACAGCCUCCACCUCCCCCUGCUCCUCAGCCAAGUGUGAGGUGAAGUUGGAGCUGGCCUUCGAGUACCUGAUGAGCAAAGACCGUCUCCAGUGGGUCACCAUCACCAGCCCACAGGCAAUCAUGAUGAGCAUCUGUCUACAGUCGAUGGUUGAUGAGCUGAUGGUCAAGAAAUCAGGAGGCAGCAUCAAGAAGAUGCUGAGGAAACGUCCCAAAGGCUCCCUCCACCGGUCUGAAAGUCAGCAAGCUGUGAAAUCCCCCCCUCUACUGGACUCCCCUGACCCAGACCGAGAACAGAUAGUCAAACUCUCAACCAAGCUGAGCUCUGUGUCACUCAGAGGGAUCAGCGCCUCCAACUCGGCCAACGACGUCAGCGGCAACGAUUUCCAUGGCAACUACGCCUUUGAGGGGAUCGGGGACGAUGACCUGUAAUAUUCAACCCUCCUCCUCAUCCUCCCCCUGACUAACGCGGACCCGCAAAGAUUCCAAGCCGAGCUGAGCCAGGCAGAAAUGAGUUUGUCUGGUUCCUGAUUGUAGCCCUUCCCGAGGGUCUGCUACCAACCAUAUCUUCUUGUUCCAUCCUCUUCCUAAAAGGCUGCAUCCUAAAUGACACCCUGUUUACUUACGCAGCGCGGCACUUUUUAAGCAGAGUCCUGUUCUUCUAUCGCAGUGGUUUCUCUGACCUUUUUUGAACCGUGGCACACUUUAAUGGGAGAUUUAAAAAAAAAAUAAUAAUAAUAAAUAAAUAAAAAUAAAAAUAUUUGGCACGCCUAAAAUAUCCCUAUUAAUUAGUUUUUAGUGGUAAUGACCCUCCAUCUGAUCUGAAACUGCAAAUCAUAUAUUUUCUGUGACAAAUGUGUUUUAAUAGAUUAAAUAGGGUUAAUUUGAACUGUUUUCAUAGUUCCUUACUCAUGAUGGUUAAUUUGUGUGUACCCCUUUAAGAGAACCCAUGACUCUGCACUAUAUUUUGUAGUAUUUCUUGCUGGUUAAAUAGGUCUUUAAUUGUUAAAGGUUUAAGCUACAGGCUAGUGGUUUUCUGCAUUGUAGAAGUGCAAACACAGACACCAAGCCAUGCUCCAUAAGAAAUGACUGACUUUGGCUAAGCCAAAUCAGACUUGCCUGUACUAAUGGUUUUCACGGCCCAUUCUCUCAUUCAUCAAUCAACUCGUUGUUCUUAAUAAAUGUCAAUAAUAUUUAGGGAAGAAAAUCUCAAACUCGCAGUCUUAAGCUGGAAGUGGUUUAAACGAGGACAUUGCAACUGUCAUUUUGAACGUGUUAUUAUUAGCAUAAUAAUGGACAAUGGAUGUUUUGCACUUCUUGACCAUAUUCUGGACCAUGUAGCAGUCUAUAUAGAUUUACGUUGUUCUGUAAAAAAUGAGGACAUUCCGUAAUUCUAAAAGGAGCCUCGUCUUCAUCACAAAGUGUCAUUCUAAUGUUUUCUUUAAGUGUGUUGAUUCUGUCACAUCAGAAAUCAAAGGUACAAACCAGAUAACUGAUUUUGUAAAAAGGGUGUCAGAUCUCUCGCUCUCAGAGCUGGGUCUUCUUUAUUUUUGACAACCAAGACGAGACAGAAGUCAGGCAGAAAGGCUUUUAACACAGUGAUAAUGAAAGCUGGUUAACCAAUGAGCCGUAUCUGUUUAGAAGUGUGUAAAAUAAGUUGUGUUAUUCAUUUGGAGUUACUGCUUAGUGAUAUUACGUAUACACACAAUAUAACUGUUCAAAUUUGCCAAAAAUAGUUUUUCAGGAACUUAUUUUGAAGGGUGUAUUAGUGUUAUUGAUCUCCCCUGUUAUUCACACCAGCGCUGUUGUAGUGAAGGGUGGUGACUACAAUGCUCAUGCAUAUUUCCUGUAAGAUUAUAAUUUAACGCCUUCAUUUUGCCUGUUGCCUCUAGUCCACCAAAAUCCAGUGUUGGGUUGCCAUUGGUCAAUUUACCAACCAUGUUUCAGCCUUAGCUAAUGGGAGCUCGCCAGAUAGAUUCUUGCAGAAGGAGACGUUUGAUUGGUCGGUCGGUUCGGCUUGCACUUCCCGAACCAAUAAUUUUUGCACAGUAUUAUGCCGCGUUCACGUACUACUGGGAAUUAGGAAACUCUGAAAUGUCUGACUUGGUUGUAGUUAUACACGUGUUGCGUUCAACCAGUUAGCAAGUCGGACCUUUCAGAGUUUCCUAGUUCUGACUAGAACUUGAAUGUGGCAAUACAGCUGGACGACGGAUAUUUAUCAAGUAAUGUGGAGCACGAAAACAUCAUGGUCUUAGUCUCAAAAGGCACCCUAUUCCCUAUAUAGGGCACUACUUUUGACCAGGGCCCAUAACCACCCUAUUCCCUAUAUAGGGCACUACUUUUGACCAGCGGUAUAGGGAAUAUGAUGCCUUUUGGGACGUAGCCAUAGAACAUUUCCAAGGGGUUGUGAAACUCCAUCUGAUUUUUUUUUUUUUUUUUCAGCCAAUUUUUUAAGGUGUCUCAUA